AUGGGUUCCCUUCUCACCGCACUCUUCACCAGAGUGAUGCCAAACCCAGCUUCCCGCCUUCGCAAGGCCUGCAAGAGCGGUACUAUUGAUGAUGUAUCUCAUCAGUUGACUCUUCAGAUGGGUAACUACCAACCUCCGGAACUAUUCAUGGCUGCAAUGGACGGAAAUAACUGCCCUGUUCUGGAAUAUCUCAUCACCAACUUUAGAGACGACAAGCCAUCGCCGCCGUGGUACACCGACUACAAGGUUAUAAUGCAGGCUACUCAACGACUAGAACAUUUCAAGCUUUUCUGGGCAGCCGAUCCUUCUGUCAGCACAGCGUACUUGGGCCAUACAGGAAAUGCGCUAGGGCUUGUAGUUCUGGGUGGAAAUGUCCCUUUGCUGCGCUUCCUACUCGAGGCUGGAGCAAACCCCAACGAUGCUCAGUUGAUGCACAGACCAGCUGCCAAUUUCGCUAUUCAUUCUGCAUGUUCGGAAAUUGUGAAUCUACUUGUGGAUUAUGGGGCGAGUAUCAAGGAGUCGAAUGCGUUAGCUAUUGCACUAGACGCGGGCAGGAUGGAUAUUUUAAAGCUCCUGAUUGAGAAAGGCGGAAUGGAUAUUAAUAUUAUCCAAAAAGAUGCUACAUAUAGUUAUGAAGGCGAUAACAAUGGGGAUGAACCUAUUAUUAGUGGCACCGUAUUGCAUCUAGCUAUUGCAAAGGGGCAAACAGACGUGGUCAGGGUUCUUUUACAUGAUUUUAAAGCCGAUACUAAGAUUGAGGAUGACAAAGGCAGAACAGCCUUGCUGGUAGCUCAAGAGCACGGAUACCAGGAAAUCGUUAGCCUAUUAGAACAAGAGAAGUCGGAGUAA